AUGAACAGCAUGGCCAAACCCCAAGUAGUCCACCUCAACCUCAGCGGCUCAAACCGUCAGGAAUCGGUACCUGAUUUCUUCAACGCCAUCAGAUCCAAAGCAGACCUCAAGCGCAUCACCAAGAUUCCAGAAGCAACAGCUCUCUUCACCAGCACACCACGCCCACCCAUCUUCACCGACGAUGGGGCCCUCUGUCGUCCUGAAAACCACGAGCUCCGAGCCCAAGCGAUCGAGUACAUUUGCAGCGGCGGUACCAUCAUCGGAAUAAGCUCAUUCGGAUCCACAUUCUUCGAGGAGCUUGGACUCCCGUGGAAGGCUGCUAGCUACUACAGAGAAGAGUUCAGCCUUCAGUCGAGCUUCACUGCCUUCAAGAUCGAUAAGUUGCCCUUCCAGUAUAGCAUGAAGGCGGCGCAUCUGGUGGAUGUAGAGAAGAAACACGCCUUGUACGCACCGACUCCUGAGUCCGAGUAUGAGGCACUGGGCCUGGGAAAGCGAGUCUCAGAGGAGCCGGUAGAUGAGGAGAUCGUAGCGGCGGCGUUUGCGAAAGUCGGCGAGGGAAGUUUCGGUUACAUCGGUGAUGUCAACUAUCAGGAGGAGACUGUCAAGGUAUUGCUUGCAAUGCUCGGUCUACUGGAGUAG